AUGGGUUACAACUACUACACAGGGCUGACGACGGUGACUCUCGCCGUCGUAGUUGUCGGAGCCUAUAUGCUCUUCAACGACGAAGGCGAGGACUUCAACGUCGGACGGUUCCUCGAGGAAACAUCACCGUACACGUGGGCGACACUGGGAAUCGCAUUAUGUAUUGGCCUCUCGGUCGCCGGCGCUGCAUGGGGAAUCUUCGUGACCGGCUCGUCCAUCAUCGGCGGAGGAGUACGCGCGCCUCGCAUCAGGACGAAGAACUUGAUCUCCAUUAUUUUCUGUGAAGUUGUGGCCAUCUACGGUGUCAUCAUGAGCAUCGUGUACUCAGCUAAGCUCGGCAACGUCUCCGGGGCGGAUCUCUACGCGCCACAGAACUUCUACACGGGCUAUGCGUUGUUCUGGGGAGGUCUCACGGUCGGAAUGUGCAACAUGGUGUGCGGUAUCGCUGUGGGUAUCACCGGCAGUUCCGCUGCCCUGGCCGACGCGAGUGAUCCGGCGCUGUUCGUCAAGAUCUUGAUCAUCGAGAUCUUCGGGAGUGUGUUGGGCCUGUUCGGUCUCAUCAUUGGACUGCUGUUGGCGGGUAAGGCGGAAGACUUCAAGGCGUACUAA